GAUGAUGCACAAGAAUCAGUAGAUUGGAUGCUCCGGGCUACGGCGGUGGCUUGAUGACCUGAAGAGAAAAAAGAGACUGUCAAGAGUGAUCGGUGUGAACUGGUCAAUGACAAUAUGAUGGUUAAGUCAGUUUUCUCUUUAGAACACAAGGAUGGUGAAUUAGUGAGUAGUAGAACUUACCUUGGUUCAAUAAGACUUGAUCCUUUUAUAGAGAGUUAGGAAACUUGUUCGGAUCCACUAUCAUCAUGGGGGAUGUGUGGAGUUAAUGGAGAAAAUGGAGCGGAUUUUGGGGAAUCCUCCCCACAUUCUAGAAUGGCAGAUCGUGGUCUGAUUGCAUAGAACCUGUAGAAAGCUCCUUUGAAAUUGGCUAAGUGUUGUUUCGUUGUCCAUGCCCUUAUGCCAUGGACGACCAUCUUGAUUUGGACGAUCACGAUAUUCAUGGACGGACUUGGUUCAUGUUUGUGGUGCUUCUGUUGGGCUUCCUUCCUUAUAAAACGUUCUGGACGCGAUCUGGUCAUGGACGACUACCGUGGACGAACUAAACUUAAUUUGAACCCCCAUCAGUUCCCCCUUGUCCUUAUGUCAUCCAUAUCACUGUUACCUUGACACGUGGCGAUUUUUUUAUUGGUUGAAAGGAUUUUCCAAGUGGCAUGUCAGGGUGAUUUGGGAUCAGACGUCUUGGAUGUUGACACGUGGCGUAAUCCUAACAGUCCACAGGUUGUGUUGUUUCGUUCUUCAAAAAAUUGCCACGUGGCAUAUUCUGGUUUGCUCGCGUCAUUUUAGUGUCCCACCGUGUUGCCUAUAAAUAGGGGAAUACCUUUCCUACCCUCUCACAUUUCUCAUAUUUUCUUCUCUAACAUCAAUCGUCCUUCGCUCCUCGUCUAGAAGUUUUCUUCCAUCCUUAGUCCUCUUUAUUUAGAACCAAGUAUCCUCUUUUCUUCGUUUGUAGGUUUUCUUUAGAAUUCUUUACAAAAUGGCUGAGAUAGUAGUGUCUUCGUCUAGUGAUAGGGAUGAGAGAGAGAUAGACAAAUACCAGGAUGAGAGCAAUAGUAGUGAUAGCAGUAGUGAGAGUAAUAGUAGUGGUAGUGACUCUAUGGAUGAGCAGUACUCGUCUGGAGUCCUUGGAGUUCCCUUAAAGGUUCUUCAGGAGGAGUUGAGGCAGAGGGCAGCAUCUAGGUCAUUCGUUGGUCUGUCCACCAGUGCCCAACCAUCCUUCCCUUCCUCUAGUGAGGAGGAGGACAUUUUGUAUUGCUGCACCAUGGACAUUCCUUCAAAAAUAGAUGAGAAAAGGCUUUAUCCACUUAGGGAUAAAUACCAAAUCUCGGACGAGGUUAAUCCUCGUCUUGCCACUCCUGGUGAAUGGUGUUGUACCUCGAAUUCAGGGGUUGUCAUAUAUAAGGCUUACUUGUUAGGGGGUCUUAGGUUGCCUCUGAAUGCUUUUGCUAGGGAGCUUCUCCAUAGGUUAGGUAUAGGACUAAACCAACUCAACCCCGAUGCAUAGAGGAUCAUUGUGUCCAUACAAGUGCUAUGGAGAGAGGUUUUUGAUGGGAAUCAUCCUCUUACUGUGGAUGAGUUCUUAUAUUGUUAUAAACCCUUUGAAAUAAGCAAAUCUUUAGGUUUCUACUAGCUUUUAGCUAGGGGUUCUAGUUGUAGGUUAAUAAGGUCCCUUCCCUCGUUUGAUAAGAGGUGGAAGACGGUGUUCUUCUUCGUCUCUGGGUAUUGGGCAGGGAGCCCUGUUGAGGUAGGCAUGGACCUAUUUCCUCCUUACACCGGUGAGAUGGGUCAUCUGCGUUCCAAGGGACCUUCUAUUCCUUAGUGACGCUUCGCAGUCUAGCGACUUGGGGGCUUGGACUUGAACCUACAAAAGAAGCAUUAGCCCACAAGCUUACUACUCGUCAAUGUAAGUUAUUUAUUUUCUUACAAUUUUGCUUGUUCCUACUCAUUUAGUUCGUCUAGACUCUGAUGAACUAUGAAGGAAAAUAAGGGGAAAUGUCUUGCUGCUAGUGAUGAGGUUGUCCAAUUUAGGGACAGGGUCCCUAUCUGGACUCGUCCACCUGCUGGCCACAUUGAAGCUCGUCCCUCCAGCCUCAUUGGAAAAAAGGAAGACUGUGUCUAAGAAACUGGACAUAGGUAACCUUCCUAGCCGUCAAGGUAAUAAGAAGCAGAAGGUUGAUUCUUCGAUGCCGUCCACCACUCUUGUCGUGGUUCUUAACCCUGCCGCUCCUAUUGCUAAAUCUAUGGUCCCCAAGAUUGAUGCUUCCCUCACUCAUCCUGAUGCAAAACCGUCUAACCCUUCUCUUAAAGCCCCUCUUUCUGACGACGGUCCCUUGACUGUUCUAAGGAGUGAGAACCUAGCUUGGAAUAGUUUCAAGCAAGUGGUGAGAAAUGAGGACGUCUCCAUAUGCUACGAUAUGUCCAUCAAGGAAUUCGAGCAUUCCACAAUCCAUGAUCUCUUCAAGUUCAUGGCGGCGUCCAGGCAAGUCGUGUAUUUGGAUAAAGAGAGGAUCAGGAUGAAGACGAAGAUAAGGGACAUGGAGGAGUCAAGUCGUAAGGUUGGGGAGAGGAGGAAGUUGGGGGAUGAGGUGAAAGAGUUGAAGAACCUUGCUGAGGAGUUGAAGGUGGACAUUGUCGAGAAGGAUACUUGCCUGGACCAUCUUUAGAAGCAGAAUGACGAGCUCAGAUCCUCUCUGAGUAAAUCUAAAGACGAGGUCAUCAAGGAAUUCAAGACAUUAGUUAGUUUAUUGACCUCCUGGACAAGAAAUACGCUGCGGGCUUCGAGGACUUCUAUAGAUGCCGUCGAAGCUUUUCCUGAGGUGGAUUUUGAUUCCAUCAAGCUUUUCACUAUAGCUAAGAGUUCCUUGCUCCAGACUAGCUCAGAGGACGUAAAUAUUGAAGAUGAUGCCUUUACCCCUCAUCCCACGAAGGACGACUGAAAGUCUGGGGGUGUUGCCCUUAGUGGUUUAUCCUAGUAGUU